AUGAUAUAAUAGAAAAAAUAUUUUGACAAUCUUUAAGAAUUUUUAAACUCUUCACUAUAAUCUCAUUAGGUCACCAAUAUUAAUCUUAAUAACCAAUCAAUUGGUGAUGAAGGGGCAUCAAGCUUAGGUUUUAGUUUAGGAAAUUGCACUAAUCUCUCAUAUUUGACACUCAAUCUUUAUGAAAACUAAAUUGGAGCAAUCGGUGCGUCAGACUUAAGUAAUGGUUUAGGAAAUUGCACUAAUCUCUCAAAUUUGGAACUUAAUCUUAGUUCCAAUUUAUUUGGUGCAAUUUGUGCUUCAGAUUUAGGUUUUGCUUUAGGAAAGUGCUCUAAUCUCUCAAAUUUGACACUUGAUCUUUCUGAAAAUUAAAUUGGUGCAAUUGGUGCAUCAGGCUUAGCUUUUGGUUUAGGAAAGUGCACUAAUCUCUCAAAUUUGACACUUUCUCUUAGCUACAAUUAAAUAUGUGAAAUUGGCGCAUCAGGCUUAGGUUCCGGUUUAGGAAAGUGCACUAAUCUCUCAGAUUUGACACUACAUCUUUCGUGUAAUUAUAUUUGUGAUGGAGGUACAUUAGGCUUAGGUUCUGGUUUAUAGAGUUGCACUAAUAUCUUAAACUUGACACUUGAUCUUUCUGAAAAUAAAAUUAGUUAAAGUGGUACAUCGGGUUUAUGUUCUAGUUUAGGAAAUUUCACUAAUCUCUUAAAUUUGAAACUUAAUCUUUCUAAAAAUUAAAUUUGUGCUAUUGGUGCAUAAAGCUUAAGUUCUUGUAUAGGAAAGUUCGCUAAUCUCUCAAAUUUGACACUUUAUCUUCAAGAAAAUCAAAUUGGUGAAAUUGGUGCAUAAAACUUAGGUGACGGUUUAGGAAAGUUAGCUAAUCUCUUAAAUUUGACACUUCAUCUUGAAGAAGAUCAAAUUGGAGCAAUUGGUGCAUCAGGCUUAGGUUCUGGUUUAGGAAAAUGUACUAAUCUCUCAAAUUUGACACUUAGUCUAACGUCUAAUCAUAUUAGUGAUGAAGGUAUAUCACGCUUAGGUUCUGGUUUAGGAAAGUGCACUAAUCUCUCAAAUUUGACACUUAAUAUUAGCAAUAAUUAAAUUGGUGAAAUUGGUGCUUCAGAAUUAAGUACUGGUUUAGGAAAUUUAACUAAACUCUCAAAUUUGGUUCUUUUUCUUGAAUAUAAUUAAAUUGGCAAAAUUGGUGCAUCACAAUUAGGUUAUGGUUUAGGAAAAUUAACUAAUCUCUCAAAUUUGGAACUUUAUCUUGAUGGAAAUUAAAUUGGUGCAAUUGGUGCAUCAGGCUUAGGUUGUGGUUUAGGAAAGUCUACCUAUCUCUCUAAAUUGGUACUUAAUAUUUAUUAAAAUUUAAUUGGUAAUGAAGGAAUAUCAGGUUUAGGUUCUGGUUUAGGAAAUUGCUCUAAUCUCUCAUCUUUGAAACUUAAUCUUUGGGCCAAUUAAUUUGGAUAUGAAGGAGCAUCAGGUUUUUUUAAUGGUUUAGGAAAUUGCAUUAAUCUCUUAAAUUUAGAAAUUGAACUUUGUUACUAAUAAAUGGGCGAAACUGGUACAUUAGGCUUAGGUUAUGGCUUGAAAAAGUGCACUAAUAUCUCUAAAUUGAAAAUUUUUCUUAUUGGCAGUGAAAUAGAUAAAGCAUAAUAGCUUAAACUAAAGUGUCUUAAAUCAAAAAGAUUAGUUGUUUUUAAUUUCUAUUUUUGA